GCCAUGCUUUCAUAUUCCACUUCCCGAGUUCCCAAAAUAAAAAAUCGAAACUUCGUUGAAACCCACGUAAGAUUUUGCUCCAUAAUCUUCAAAAAAACACUCUUCUUCAUCUUCUUGUUCCCACAUUCCCAUUUUUUUCUGUCUCUGGGAAAGAAGAGAUGGCGUCGAGUAUAGGCAUGAUGGACAGUGCCUACUUUGUCGGCAGGAAUCAGAUUCUGACUUGGAUCAACAACAGGCUGCACCUCAAUCUCUCGCGUGUUGAGGAGGCUGCAUCUGGCGCUGUACAAUGUCAGAUGAUGGAUAUGACGUUUCCGGGGGUUGUUCCAAUGCACAAGGUGAAUUUUGAUGCAAAGACUGAGUAUGAUAUGAUCCAGAAUUACAAAAUUCUGCAGGACGUGUUCAACAAGCUGAAAAUCGACAAGCAUGUUGAAGUUAGCAGGCUUGUUAAAGGCCGACCUUUGGACAACUUGGAGUUCCUGCAAUGGCUGAAGCGUUACUGCGAUUCUGUGAAUGGUGGCAUUAUGAAUGAGAACUAUAAUCCUGUGGAGCGAAGGGCUAAGGUUGGAAAGGAUCGAAAUCAUAAGUGUUCUCAGAAGAGCUCAAAAUCACUGCAAACAAAUAUGAGUAAUUCUGGUUCAGGCAACACUCUCAGUCCUAACAGAACCUCUGGGGCCAAGCAAUUCAGGUCAAAUGGAGCGGAAGGAAGGGUUAAUUCUUCAUUAGAGAUUCAGGCUUUGUCCAAAGAGAUAACUGAUCUAAAAUCUGCAGUGGAUCUCCUGGAAAAAGAAAGAGACUUUUACUUUGCAAAACUACGGGAUAUAGAAAUUCUCUGUCAGACUCCAGAAGUGGAGAAUGUUGCUAUGUCUGUAGCAAUUAAGAAGAUUUUAUAUGCUGAUGAUGCAAAGGAAACAGCAUUAGAAGAAGCUCAAGAUUACCUGAAUCAAUCUUUGAAUGCUAUGGAAGCCGAAGAUGAAACUGAAGCCUGAUUACUCCCGAAAUCAGCUCCUGGCUGGUAAGCGUAUAUUUUUGUCAGGCUCGUUUUCAACCAAACUCAAUGCUGUCUUUGAUUACAAGAGCGGUGAUCCUUUCCCAUGCUGUGGCCACCAAGUGCCCCAUAUAAAGAAAAAUUGUUGUAUGGUGUGUUUAUUUUCUUGUAAGCAUGGAUGGAUAAUAAGAUGAUAUAGUGACUGAUCUUUCCAAUGAAAGAGUUCAUCUAAUAACCCUUUUCAUCUA